ACAUCUACACAGAUCAUCAGAGCACUGAUGAUCAGUGUGCCCUGAUGAUCUGUGUAGCCCCAGCAGCGCCACCUGUCAGUGUCCAUCAGUGCCAGCUCUGUGCUCAUCCAUGCCACGUGCCAGUGCCACAUCAGUGCCACAUUUCAGUGCCCAUCAGUGCCACAUCAAUGCCACAUAUCAGUGCCCAUCUGAGCUGCCUUUCAGUGCCACCUAUCAAUGCCAGUCAGUGCCACCUAUCAGUGCUGCCAAUCAGUGCCACCUAUCAGUGCCAGUCAGUGCCGCCUAUCAGUGUGCAUCAGUGCCACCUAUCAGUGCCAUCAGUGCCACCUAACAGUGCCAGUCAGUGCCGCCUAUCAGUGCCGCCUAUCACUGCCAUAUAUGAGUGCUGCCUUUCAGUGCCCGUCAGUGAUGCCUGUCAAUGCCACCUACCAGUGCCUCCUCAUCAGUGCCCAUCAGUGCCACCUAUCAGUGUCCAUCAGUGCAGCCUAUCAGUGCCCAUCAGUGAAGCCUCAUUAGCGCACAUCAGU